AUGUCAGCAGUGGCGGACCGCGCCGAGAAAGGCCAGGCUCACGAAUACCUCGAAAAGUUUCAGAAAUCGCCAGAGGCAUGGACUAUGACUCUAGACAUGCUACAAACAAACGAUGCAGAUGCGGCGGCAAAGCUAUUCGCUGCGACGACACUCAAGGGCAAGAUUGUAUACGACCUUCACCAAAUCCCUCGGGAAUCACUCCCUGGCCUGCGGGACUCCCUACUGGCUAAUCUCGUCGUUUUUCGCGCUGGCCCAAAACCGAUACGGAUGCAACUGGUUGUGUGUUUGGCGAAUCUGGCAAUCCAGAUGACAGAGUGGAAGGACGUCCUCCCGCUCGUUGUGUCGUCACUCGGAACGGAUCCGCAAACACUACCCUGUGUCCUGGAUUUCCUACGUGUUCUCCCAGAAGAAGUCACGGAAGGACGCAAAAUCAACUUGACUGAAGAUGAAUUGAGCUCCAGGACAACAGAGUUGUUGGUGGAUAAUGCUCAGCAGGCACUGUCCUUGCUCAUACAGUACUCUCAAUCAUCCGUUUCAGCCGCCCAAAAUCCCCAGCUUAUGGAGUGCAUAACAUCCUGGAUAAAGGAGCUCCCCCUGAACGACAUCAUAAACUCUCCACUUCUCAAAGUUAUCUUUGACGACCUAUUAGUUGAGGAGCCCUUCGAUGCCGCAGUCGAGUGCUUAUGCACCAUGUUCCAGGAGACAAGAGACGUAGACGAGUGCUUGAACAUGAUUCAGGCGCUUUUUCCGCAUGUCGUCGCUCUUCGUCCGUUACUGAUCCAGGCUGCCAAGGAUGAGGAUGCCGAGAGGUUCAAAGGCCUCGCGAAGAUAUUCGCCGAAGCCGGAACUUGUUGGGUCGUUUUGAUCGCACGGCAGCCGGAACAGCUUCGUCCUCUUGUGGAAGGUGUUCUCGAGACCGCCGCUCUUGACAAGGAGAGGGACGCAAUUUCGCAUACCUUCACGUUCUGGUACGAGCUUAAGCAAUAUCUCACACUCGAGAACUUCAUGCAAGCGAGACUCGAGUAUGUCGAUAUCUACUCAAAACUGGUUGAUAUCAUGAUCGGUCAUCUGGAGUACCCCAAGCCAGAGGAUGGCGAUGAGAAGGAUCUGUUCGAUGGCGAUCGAGAGCUAGAGGAGAAAUUCCGGGAAUUCCGCCACCAGAUGGGAGACGUCCUGAAGGAUUGCUGCGAAGUCAUCGGCGUCACAGAUUGCUUAGGGAAAUCGUAUACCCUGAUCGAGAGCUGGGUUCAGACAUACGGCCCUCAAGCAACGGCGACUCAUGUUCCUGAAUGGCAGAAGCUCGAAGCCCCUUUGUUUAGUUUGCGGGCAAUGGGUCGUAUGGUACCAGCCGAAGAGAGCAUCAUGCUCCCUCGACUAAUACCCCUGAUUGUUCAGAUACCAGAACACGAAAAGGUCCGUUUCCAAGCUGUGAUGGCUCUCGGACGAUACACAGAAUGGACGGCAUAUCACUCCGACGACAUGCUGCAACCGCAGCUAAAGUACAUCAUGGACUCGUUCGGACAUCCGUCCAAGGAAGUUGUCAGGGCUGCCGCACUGUCGUUCAAGUUCUUCUGCAACGACUGCGCGAAGCAGCUUGUGGACUACUUAGGACCGCUGCAAGAGUUCUACCGAACACAGCUAGAUAACCUUCCAUCCAACAGCCAGGAAGAGAUCACGGAUGGAAUAGCCUCCGUUCUAGGACGUCUACCCGCGGAACAGGUAUACGAACAACUGCAGGCUUAUUGCAAUCCGAUCAUCUCCACUCUCAUAUCAAUGGCACAGCAGGCAUCAAACCAAAAAGAGAGGACGCUUCUAGCUGACAAAAUCGGUCUUGUCACUCUCUUCGUCCAGUGGGUUCAGCCUCACGUCCAACCCCCGCAGGAGAACCCAGGGGUCAAGUACUGCCAAGAGAUAUUCCCAGUGCUCUCCGCGAUCGCCGACAACUACCGGACUAGUCCUGCGGUCCUAGAAGCAAUAUGCAGAUGUUGGCGAUACAUGGUCCUAUCAUACCGCACCGCCAUGGCACCCUUACUCGGCGACCUUGCGACUGCACUCGCCAACGGCUUCUCCGCGUCCAAACAAGGCUCCUUCCUCUGGGCCACCGACUCCAUCGUCCGCGAAUUCUCCGAAGGCACCGAGCACGUCGACACCACAACCACAACCGCCAUCUUCGCUUUCUACGAGCAACAAGCCACCACCUUCCUGCGCGCCAUGAGCGACGUCGCGCCCGAAGAACUCCCCGACCUCAUCGACGACUUCUUCCGCCUGACCGUCGACAUGCUCCUCUACUUCUCCGCCAAAACCCUCACCUCCCCCUUGAUGGACUCCAUCCUCGCCGCCGCCUGCUCUUCCCUUACCCUCCUCUCCGAACAACCCAUCUUCGCCACCCUCCACUUCCUGCGCGACUUCCUCGCGUACGGCGGCGACUUCGCCCCUUCCUCGUCCUUCGACUCGGCCAACCAGCGUCAGACCGUCCCGCCCGCGCUCCAGGACGCGGUGAAGCGCCUCGUCGCGGCGCACGGCGAGCACCUCGUCCAGCGCAUCAUGACGGGCAUGAUGUACACGUUCCCGCGCGACUGCUUCCCGGACGCGUCGGGCGUGCUGCUCGACUUGUUCCACAUCGCGCCCGAGCAAGUCGCGGUCUGGGUCCAGACGACGGUCAGCAUGCUCCCCGCGGGCAGCAUCACGCAGGUGGAGAGCGAGAGGCUGCUGGGUGCGAUUAGGCAGCGGGUGCAGAAUAAUGAGGUGCGGAAGGUUAGGAGUCUGCUGCAGGAUUUCACGAAUAGUUAUCGGCGCAGGAAUGUGGCGCCGCGCGAGGGGUUGGGCAGGUUGGAGGGGAAGAGGUUUAGGUUUGAGGGGUAG